GCAGCUGCCCCUCCCUCGCUUGAGCCCCACCGGUUGCGUUAUCGCCCUUAUUAAGAGGUGGUACUCAGCUGUAUCAGCUCCCUGCUGCUGCGACAUAAGGUUAUUAUGCCGUCGUCCUUCGUCCCGCCAUGAGCUGGUGGAACGAAAGCCCGAAAUCGCCAGGAUGAUACCGCGACAGCCAUAUGCACCGACACCGCACAGCUAUGUCCCCAAUUCCACGCUGUCGGCCACCAUAAACCUCGACGAGGAGGUCAAGCUCGCCGAGACACGCGCCGAACGCGAUCUUCAAGACUCCUUGGCCGAGAUCUUCAGCAUCAUCGUCACGAUCGACGAGCUCGAAAAGGCCUUCCUCAAAGAUGCCAUCCCCGAGGCCGAAUACACCGAGAUCUGCGAGCGGGCGCUGAAGCAGUACAAGUCGCUGCUCGCCGACGAGACGGUCGCAAAGGCAUUCGUGGGCCUGGAGGAGUUCAAGGCCGAGUGGGAUCUCGAAGUGCCCCGUGCGACAGAGCGGAUACGGGUAGGCAUGCCCUCGACGGCGGUAACGGCCAUCUCGGGCGCCGCCCCUGCGCCGGCCGCGGGGGGCAACACCAGCGGCGCCCUGAUCCUGGAGGCGACCCAGGACUUCAUCACGUUCCUCGAUGCGCUCCGGCUGGGCUUGCUGGCGAAGGACCAGCUCCACCCGCUCCUGACGGACGUGAUCCAGUCGGUCAACAAAGUGACGGACCGGGACUUUGACAGCAGGGGCAAGAUUGUGCAGUGGCUCAUCACGCUGAACCAGAUGAAGGCGACCGAGGAGUUGAGCGAGGAGCAAGCGCGGGAGUUGGAGCUAGAUAUCAACUCGGCGUAUCAAGGGUUCAAGAGUAUCCUCUCAUGACACCGUGUAAACUCUUCUUCCCAAGCGACCCGCCGUGAACCAGUAUCAUCCCAAUCC